GGCAGACUCGAAAUUCAGUGGAGCUCGAUUCUUGUCCAUCUCGAAUGCGCAGAGAGGAACCUGGACAGAUCGUCCAUCCGCGACUGACUUGACAAGGGUUAGGUUGGUCGUCUCCCAAAAAUUUGGUACAUGGACCGUGAUUAAAGGAUGUCAAACUCCCUUUGAACCCCGAUAUUUGUUGUCCGACACAAGUCUCGUGACGGCGACGAUAACGCUGUACAGCAAACCCUUUUCUCGACUACAGUACUAAAAUCAUCUCCGCUGUUCCGUCAUUCAUCCAUCUUCAUCGACCGCUUGUUUAGUUCGUCACCACCCUUCGCCGCGCGACCAACAUACGUGCGUGCGACGCUUGAAGGCCCCCCUUUACGAACCACACACUUUGUGCUUGCUUGUGACAAGAACGACCGCAUAUAGAUCGCCAUUUCCAAGUUUGAUUAUUUUCUGUUCCUUUCAGCAUGUUUUACGUGGCUGCAACAGUUGAACACAUAAUACCCUUUUCCAGCUUGCCAGUUGUCCUUGCCAAUUAGGUAGUAUAGGAUAGGACUGCCACCAGACCUUCGAAUCAAGAGCGACAACUCGUCAUGACGCAACAUCGACCAGACGGGGAUGUCUCGCCCAUGGACGUCAGUCCUCGUUCAGUUUCCCCAGAGAACCCGAAUCUCCAACCUGCUGCCCCCCCUGUUUCCAAAUCAACCUCCGAUACUCUCCUACCUCCCGUCGAUCUCAAGAUUACAGCCUUGUCAGACCCUCCAGGUUCGACCAAAGAAACGAAGCCAGCUUCAAACGAAUUGGCUUUGGGCCAGGGCAAGGCACCUUCAUCGGCUAUACCAAGAUCCACCCCAGCUUCAACCAAGUCGCUCAAGGACCAUGGCAUUAGCGACCGAGACUUUGGCCUGGUUGUUGACGGUGACGGACAAGACAAUAGUCAGGCGCCUUCGAGACCGAGCAUACAGUUCACCCGCCCAGAUGGCGUUGAUACGCCUCCAACAUUCAUGCGAGGCUCUUCAUGGGAAGAGCCAGAAACCCCAGGCAAAUCUCGUGGUGCCUCCUUGAUGUCCAAACUCAAGGCUCUCACCAACAACGGUGGCGUGUCGACACCAAAGUCAUCUACUGUGGCUGGGCCUUCGAGUCAAGGCAUUCAAUCGAACAUCAACUCUCCGACGCGACCGAGCCGUGGAGUCCCUGGCACUUUGACAGAGGAGGACACUGACGCCGAUGCUGACGCCGAGGAAACAGCCGAUGAGGGCAGCCCCGGAGAUGACAAAUCGAAGAAAAAGAAACAGAAGAGAAGGAUGCGCCGCACAAAGAAGGCAAACACUUCUACACCUGGAACGCCUCGGCGCUUUGUGAGCGACAUCGAUGUGUUGGAUAGCUUCGACCAGUUGGUCAAGCGCCGUGCAAGUAUGCCCGAUGCAACUGUCCCUGAUUAUGGUGUCUCUGAAGGCGAAGGUAGAGACCGCUUGGGCAUGGCUUUCCGUAGAGGAAACUCUUGGAUGACUUCCGCUGUGCGACACCAUGGCGAGGAAACUGAUGAAGUCGAAAGCCCUGGAGCGGUUGGACGACGAACAGGUCAUGUCCGCCGAAUCACCGUUUUUGGUGGUGGAGGGGUUUCGGAUGGUGAUGCUAUGACACCUCGACGCCCCUUCUUCACUUCUGAACGUGCGUCCACUUUUGGUGCUCAGAAGUGGAAGCAAGUCAAGAACACACUAAAACUCCUUCGACAGAAGAAAGAAGAUCGUUUUGACUAUUUUAAAUCGGCUGAGCUGAUGGCCGAACUAAGGGCUGGUGCUCCCGCCGUUCUUAUGCUUGCUAGCAUGAUACAAAGAGAUGAACACGGGAACAAGAGAAUCCCGGUUCUUCUUGAGCAGCUCAAGCUUCGCAUUACCGAUAGCUCCCCCAUGGAGGAUGACGACAAGGAUCGACACUGGCUAUUCACUAUAGAACUGGAAUACGGAAGUGGACCGAGCAGAAUGAGUUGGACUGUAACUCGAACGCUUAGAGAUAUCUACAAUCUACAUUUGCGUUACAAGUUUGCUAUCAACAACGAAAAGUACAUGCCCGGGCGCAUGGACUUGGGUGGCCGGCCGAAGCAACCCAAAUUUCCAUACUCGGCCUUCCCUUAUCUUCGCGGUGCUCGCAAGAAGGGAGAAGAAAGCGAUGAAGAAGAUCAAGCCAGUAUUCGCGGAGAAGAAGAGACAGCUGGCGAAGGUACAGCAACUGAAGCAGUAGGAGACGGCAUUCUCAGUGACCCCGAAAAUCCCGGUGGCCUCCCACGAAGGAAGUCUCGCAAUUUCCUGGGGAUGGGCCCAAGGCGCAGAUCCACAGGCAUUACCGAUCCUGGGGAUAUGUCCAACACAGAGGGUCCAGGAAUGCCUGCUAUGGACAUGGCAACGCGGAGACAACGUUAUGUUGAGAAGCAACGGCGUAUUCUUGAAAAGUACCUGUCUGAGAUGAUCAGAUGGCUCAUGUUCAGAGCUGACAGCAACCGGCUCUGCCGCUUUCUCGAACUCUCGGCCCUUGGCGUUCGCCUCGCCGCCGAGGGUAGUUACCAUGGAAAGGAGUGUUACCUUCAUAUCCAACCUUCGAAGGGUUUAGACUUUCGCCGUGCUUUGACACCAGCGAAGGUUAUCUCUCGACACAGUCGGAAAUGGUUCCUCGUACGACAGAGCUAUAUCGUCUGCGUAGAGUCCCCCGAAAACAUGAACAUUUUUGAUGUGUACCUAGUCGAUUCGAAAUUCAGUAUUUCCUCGAAGCGAAGUAAGGUCAAGGCGAUUGGCUCCGCUGAGAAGAAGGCUGAGAUCGAUUUGACUGUGGAGGCACCCCCUGACAAACAUCAUACUAUGACUCUUCGUUCAUCUGAACGCAAGGUCCGCCUCUUCUCCCGCAACCAAUCCGUAAUGAAGCAGUUUGAGGAUUCCAUCAACCAGAUGCUCAAGCAAACUCCCUGGUAUCAGAACAAACGAUUUGACAGUUUCUCUCCAGUACGAAACCAUGUAUUUGCCCAAUGGCUCGUCGACGGCCGCGACUAUAUGUGGAACGUUUCUCGAGCUAUCAAUAUGGCCCGCGAUGUCAUUUACAUCCACGAUUGGUGGCUGAGCCCCGAGCUGUACAUGCGCAGACCAGCGGCUAUCAGCCAGAAAUGGCGACUGGAUAGACUGCUACAGAAGAAAGCUAGAGAAGGUGUUAAAGUCUUUGUCAUAGUGUACCGAAACGUCGAAGCCGCCAUUCCGAUAGAUUCCGAGUAUACCAAGUUUUCAUUGUUGAACCUCCACCCUAACAUCUUCGUACAACGAUCCCCCAACCAAUUCAAGAAGAACCAGUUCUUCUUCGCUCACCACGAGAAGAUCUGCAUCGUGGAUCACGAUGUAGCCUUUGUUGGAGGAAUUGAUUUGUGCUUUGGACGAUGGGAUAGUCCUCAGCAUCCUAUCGUCGACGACAAACCAACUGGAUUUGAGAUGUCUGAGACACCUAAGGAUGCAGAGCAUUGCCAGUUAUUCCCUGGAAAGGACUAUUCAAAUCCUCGAGUGCAGGACUUCUUCAGGCUCAACGAGCCGUAUGAGGAAAUGUACGACCGAAGCAAAGUACCUCGCAUGCCUUGGCAUGAUGUUGCCAUGCAAGUUGUGGGCCAGCCUGCAAGAGACUUGACGCGCCACUUCGUCCAGCGUUGGAAUUACCUUCGCCGAGGACGGAAGCCUACACGCCCAUUGCCCUUCCUGCUCCCCCCGCCGGAUGCUAACGUAGAUGAGUUGAAGGAGCUGGGUUUAACUGGCACUUGCGAAGUCCAAAUUCUUCGAUCUGCCACCACUUGGUCUUUGGGCAUCGAGCAGACUGAGCACAGUAUUCAGAAUGCAUACAUCAAAAUGAUCGAGGAGUCAGAUCAUUUUGUCUAUAUGGAAAACCAGUUUUUCAUUACCAGUACUGAGGCAUAUAACACCAGAAUCGUGAACCGUAUCGGCGACGCUCUCGUUGAACGAAUCAUACGGGCUCACGAGAAUGAUGAAGACUGGCGUUGCGUUAUUGUUAUUCCCCUCAUGCCUGGAUUUCAAAAUACAGUCGAUGAACAGGAGGGUACAAGUGUUCGCCUGAUCUUGAUGUGUCAGUACGCUAGUAUUUGUAGAGGUGAACAGUCCAUCUUUGGCAGGCUUCGAGCCGCUGGCAUUGAGCCGGAAGACUACAUCGCCUUCUACUCGCUUCGUCAGUGGGGAAUCAUGAGUAACGAUGUCCUUGUUACCGAGCAACUCUACAUCCAUGCCAAGACAAUUAUCGUUGAUGACCGCGUGGCUCUUAUCGGCUCCGCCAACAUUAAUGAGCGAUCAAUGCUUGGUAGUCGUGACUCGGAGUGUGCUGCAAUCGUUCGAGAUACUGACAUGAUCAAUUCGACAAUGGCUGGAAGACCGUACCAGGUUGGCCGUUUUGCUCACACACUCCGACUCCGACUGAUGCGAGAACAUCUCGGCCUCGACGUUGACGAAAUACUUGAGCAAGAGCGCCAGGCAGAGCUUGACCGUCAAGAUUUCGAGAAGGAGAUGGAGGAUAUAUAUAAUGAAGAGAAUGGUGGCCCUGCCGAUUCCUCAAAGCUUUCACCGAAACGCCCCGAUCACCUACGUAUUCCAAGUAUUAACCAUGACCUAGAUGCUGCUGUUGAGGUUGAAGACGACAGCAGCAGCAGCAGCAGCAGCAGCGACAGUAACGCAGAAGUGGAUAGUACUGUCAUUAAUCAAGCAGAGGAUAAGGUAAAGCAUGAGCUGGACGUGACCGGUUAUGGGCCUGACCGUUGGAAGUCUGCCGAGAAAUCUGGCCUUGAUGCUGGCCGCGAUUCUGUUAUCAUCAAUGGUCGCGAAGUCCUUGUUAGCAAUAUAAGCAAUGAAGGCAAGGGGACACUGCAAUCACCCAAGGAAACACAGCCACACAGUCCUCAGCCCGAUAAUCGAUAUCUGGACCCAGGAAACCACAACGACGGCCUCCCCCCUGUGCCAGCUCUAAACCGUCGCACUACAGAUCAACUUGGUCUGCCCCGUCCCGCACAGCUACCGUCUUUGCCGAUAAGCGACGAUACUGACAUUGGCGGCCCUCCACUACAUAUCGAUCCUGAAACGGGAAAACCGGUUAAUGGUGUUUUCCAUCCGAUGGCCGCAGAUAUUCAUUUAGCACACAUUGACAAAGACUGUAUGGUAGAUCCAGUCAACCCCAACUUUAUUGACGAAAUUUGGAACCGGGCUGCUCAAAACAACACGAAGCUCUAUCGCCGAGUGUUUCGCUGCAUGCCGGAUUCCGAAGUGAGCACUUGGGCAGAGUAUCGAGAGUACACGACCUACGGCGAGAGGUUCCGGGCAAGCAUGGAAGGUGGCCGAUCCAGAGGUGAAGACUCGGAGUUUCCUCCAUCCUCGAGACAUCGUGGAUCCACUGCGGGUGGUGCUGGUGUUAGUGCACCAGGACCAGAGGUGAUGGCUAAGGCCGUUGAAACUGAAGCGGAGAAGGCAAUCGGAAGAAUGACCGAGAAGCUCCCUCUUGGCCACCAUGAGGAGGAUAGAAUCAAAAUCGUCAUUCCUGACGAAAGCCAGCGCGAUGCUGAUGAAAAACAAGCAAUGAAAGAUGGUGAGGCUAUAUCAUCACGACCCACCACUGGGCUGGAGAAUGAGAAUGGUUCUGAUGCACAUCAACACAUAGAGGCACCAUCUCCAGUCUACUCGCCCGGAGAUACCCCAUUCCCUGCCUUCGAUGGAGGCAGCAGUGGAAGAUACCUUGACCCACAGACAGGUACCAAGGACAGAGAGAGGCGCACUACUUUUUCCACGCUCGAGAAACCAUCCUCAAGAGAUACCAAUGCCCCUCCCCCGGGGCAGUUUGGCUCAGUGAAGCGCAGACGCCGUGCAACCACUAAGAAUAGCCGACGCGGCUUUAGUAUCGAUGACAUGCCAUCACGGGGGCAGGCUGAAGAGCUUUUAAAUAUGGUCCAGGGCAAUAUCGUGCAGUUCCCUUAUGAUUGGCUCCUUACGGAAGAGCAGAACGGGAACUGGGGUUACCAAGUCGAUGGCGUCGCCCCCUUGGCAAUUUAUAACUAAACCUGCCCUUGAUCCUGCUCUCCUCGAGAUGGUGUAUUCUGACUCUAACUUUGCACAAGGCAUGGCAAGGAGUUUGAUCAGGUAGUUUUGCACUUUAUUCAUGGGAAGCAUUCGACAAGCGCGUCCAUCCUCUCUCACACGCGCAUGUUUCUUUCUAUCUCCUAGUUCUUAUUCAUACAUGUUUGUCCAAGGAGCCUCGCGUAGGCCUAUAUUACAAUUAUAAUACAUCUGAUUUGAGGCUUCAAACUUUUUCGCUUACCCAGAUAGCACCUCGGCAGCCUGCGCGGAUGACGCCAGUGAGAAGCCAGUGAGGUUCUGCCUUUUGUGCAUCAUGCUCUACAGCAUGAUCGAGAUGCUCCAGUUCCUCGUCUCGUAUCACUCUGAGGGUCUUGACAAGAUCUGAUAACUCCUCGCCGACUUCGUAACCCUCGGCUUCCCACUGCGUAACCAUUUCCAACAAUGUCCGAAUUUGUUCGUUGUAGUGGCCACCAAUCUCUGUCUCGACAGCCUCGGUACAAGCCAUAGCAGCUUCGUAACCGAGCAUAGCAGUAGACCAGCCUAGGCCAGUAGCCAUGACGGACCACAAAGGGUACAGGGCAGUAGGGCGAAUGCGAUGCUUGUGAAUGAGGCCAUUAAAGGUCUUAAAGUGACCGUCUUCUUGAUCAUACAUAUGCGUCAUCAGCUUGCGGAGAUGAGGCUUUGAUCGGAGAAGGAUGGGUGACUGGGCAGCAUAAAUGAGGACUGCAGCGAGUUCACCAGCUUGAUUGACACGAAGCUACCAGAAUAUCAGUCACCAAUAAAAUGAAUUCGUCUCGGAAGUCCUACAGCUGAGUCGAGAUAAUCACGUU